AAAACCACAUGCUAGACCAUUAGGUAGACUUUUACGAAGUUUGCAGCGGACUCUGAGAUUUUUGCUUUCCCAAAGCAUCUUCAUAUUUUGACCGUCUCGCUUUCUUCCAAAGUCGCUGCGAUAUGGAGCUCAAAUUGCUUGCUAUUGCAGUCGCUGGAUUAGCCUCUAUCCCGCUUGCCCAGGGUGAGAAGCAGGUUAAAGAUGGGAUAUCUAGCUGUGGGAAUGCGUGGAUACCCAGGGAUGAUGUCUCGAUCGCGCAAGGAACGGACAAGCGCAGGGGAUACAGCACUGCGGUGCAGACCUUUUGUAGCGCAGCGAAUGGGCAGACGGUGAAGCCUGGUGGAUACCUCUCCCUCGCGACGGAGGUCUUCCUAAACGACGGGAAGAGUCCCGCUACUUACGGUGUCCUGGGAUUUGUUUACUUCGAGGUUCACAACAAAGAGAGCUCGGAUCAUACUAUUUCAACUGAGGAUUGUAAGAAGUAUCUCUUGGCACUUAGCGCCGACGGCGGCCAAUGUUCCGGAGAGCAGAACCACGAUACGAAAGGUGGCACCUGGCAGGUUGGGAACAAUGGCGUCUCUUACCACGCUCUGGGUAAUGAGAUACCGCCGAAACAAGACGCCAUCAACAAAUUGUUUGCUGGCUCUGCUUUGGAAACGCAGACGGUGAACAAAGGAUCUGGCCCACCCCUGAACCCCUGGCCACUAGACUCGAUAAACAGCGUCAAGCCUACGAACUGCCACAGCCAUAACGACUAUACCCAGGAAAUCCCCGUUUACUCGGCUUUGAGUGCGGGCUGCAUCGGAAUCGAGGCCGACGUGUUCUACGCCAGUGGGGAUGUUAUCAUUGGCCAUAUUCUUCCAACUCCUGGAAGAACUCUGUCAGUGCAGUAUGUCCAGCCGCUGAAAGCGAUCUUGGACCACAACAACGGCGGUUCGCCUGGAAAUGUUGGCCUGUACAAGGCCAAACCUGAACAGAGCGUCACGCUGCUUAUCGAUUUCAAAACCACCGAUUCCAGGACCCUAGACGCGGUCGUCCAGGCACUCCAACCCCUCCGAGAGGGCGGCUAUCUCAGCCAUCUUGACGGCGACAGGUUCGUCGAGAGACAGAUCACAGUCGUUGCGAGCGGGAGCGCUCCGUUCGACCGGAUUAACUCAGGCGACGGCGUUCCCAACCGAGACGUCUUCUUCGACGCCUACGUAGACCACUGGGACAGCAAGUAUACCACCAAGAAUUCGUACUACGCCUCGGCCGAUUUCCAAGACGCCGUCGGGAACCCGGGGAGCGUGAACGAUUUCAGCCAGGACCAGAAGAGCGCUGUCUCGUCGCAGGUCCAGAAUGCUCACUCUGCGGGGCUUAAAGUUCGAUACUAUAACUUACCGGGCGAUUAUCUCUGGGAAUCUCUCGCCGCUCUGGGUGUAGACCGGUUGAACGCCGAUGACUUGUAUGCCACAGCUAGGCUUCCGCGGGUAUAGUGUGAUUUAAGAAUUGUAGAUCUCUGUAAGCUAUCUUUAGUAUAUGGUCUUGGAUAAAAGAAAUCUUCAGGAGUACAUAGGAGGUAGACAAGACAAAUGCAUGGAUAUAUCCAAGUCAGUUCCGCUUAAAUAAAACCGGAUCCGAAAUCAGGUAACAUUAGGCUUUUUUCCAGUUGACCAAUCUUUCUUUAGAGGAUGGCUUCCUGAUACGUAGCCGACGACGGUUGAUUCAUUAUGAAUAUAAGACAAGACAUUGCAACUAACUAGGGACCUAAAUAGCAAACUGGCGACGUUUUAAGCUAGCUAAAGUUCACGAUAUGAUCG